CCCUUUAGCAGCAAGAUCAAUCCACGCCCAAAUCAUCAAGUCUGGGCUUCAAUUAGGACUCUUUGUGAUGAAUAAUCUCAUAAAUGUAUAUGCAAAAUCUGGGUUCAUCCCCGAUGCUGUUAAGGUUUUCGAUGAAAUGCCUGUGAGAAACACAUCUUCAUGGAACACGCUCUUGUCUGCAUAUGCAAAACGAGGCAUGAUUCGUGAAGCAAUUUCUCUUUUUAAUGAGAUGCCUGAAUAUGAUUCUGUUUCGUGGACUACAAUGAUCGUGGGCUAUAAUCAACUGGGGCGUUCUGAGGAUGCUCUAAGGAUGUUUUGUAAGAUGGUAUUGAGUAGAAUUCUUCCAACCCAAUAUACUUUUACUAAUGUACUUGCAGCUUGUGGUGCAAUUAAAGGGUUAGAUAUCGGUAGCAAGGUGCAUUCUUUUGUUGUUAAACUCGGGUUUGGUGGCAAUGUAGCUGUAGCAAAUUCGUUGUUAAAUAUGUAUUCAAAGUCUGGUGAUGUUGGUACUGCAAAGGUGGCUUUUGACAGGAUAGAGUUAAAGAAUGUCUCAAGCUGGAAUUGGAUGAUUUCCUUGCACAUGCAGCACGGUGAGGUUGAUCUUGCACUUGCUCAGUUUGAUCAGAUGAAAGAACGUGAUAUUGUUUCUUGGAACUCAAUGAUUACAGGUUACAAUCAGCAUGGUUUUGAUAAUGAAGCUCUGGACAUGUUCUCUAACAUGGUCAAGGGCACUGACCUGUUGCCUGAUAAGUACACCCUAGCUAGUGUUUUAUCUGCUUGUGCAAAUACUCAGAAUGUUACUUCAGGAAAGCAAAUUCAUGGUCACAUUGUUAGGACCAGUUUUGGUACUUCUGGGGCUGUUGGGAAUGCUUUAAUCUCGAUGUACUCUAAGUGUGGCUGUGUUGAAAUUGCUCAAAAAGUUGUACGCCAAAGUGGAGUAUCAAAUCUAGAUAUUGUAGCAUUUACAGCUUUACUGGAUGGAUAUAUCAAGAUUGGAGAUAUCAAUCCAGCAAGGGUGAUCUUUGACUCAUUAAAAGAACGUGAUGUGGUUGCUUGGACGGCAAUGAUUGUAGGUUAUGUGCAGAAUGGCUUUUAUGACGAAGGGAUGGCACUUUUUAGAUUGAUGAUAAGAGAAGGUCCAAAACCUAAUAAUUUCACUCUAGCAGCUAUGCUAAGCAUUUGUUCAAGCUUGGCUUCUUUGAAUCAUGGCAAGCAGAUCCAUGCAGUGGCCUUGAAAUCAUUGGAGGCAUCGUCCGUAUCUGUGAGCAAUGCUUUAAUUACCAUGUAUUCAAAGGCUGGUAACAUUGGUAGCGCAAAGAGAUUAUUCAACCUAACAAAUUGGAAAAGAGACCCUGUCUCUUGGACAUCCAUGAUCAUAGCUUUAGCUCAACAUGGAGUUGCAGAUGAAGCCAUUCAACUGUUUGAGAAUAUGCUGGGAUUGAGUAUUAAGCCAGACCAUAUAACUUAUGUAGGUGUCCUCUCUGCCUGCACACAUGUGGGGAAGGUUGAACAAGGCCGUAGAUACUACAAGAUGAUGCAAGAUGUACAUGGAAUUGUACCCACCUCAAGCCACUAUGCUUGCAUGAUUGACCUGUUUGGACGUGCUGGAUUGCUACAGGAAGCACAACAUUUCAUUCAGAACAUGCCAAUUCAGCCAGAUGUUAUAGCUUGGGGAUCAAUUUUAGCUUCUUGCAAGAUUCAUAAGAAUGCAGAGCUGGCAACAGUAGCAGCUGAGAAAUUGCUUUCAAUUGAGCCAGACCACAGUGGGGCCUUUACAGCACUUGCUAAUGCUUAUUCUGCCUGUGGAAGAUGGCAAGAAGCUGCUUCGGUCAGAAAGUCAAUGAAAGAUAGACAGGUAAAGAAAGAGCAAGGAUUUAGUUGGAUUCAGAUUAAAAGUGAAGUUCAUGUAUUUGGGGUAGAAGAUGCACUUCACCCACAGAGAGAUACAAUUUACCAGGUUAUGGACAAAAUCUGGAAAGAGAUAAAGAAAAUGGGUUUUGUUCCAGACAUGGAGUCAGUGCUGCAUGAUCUUGAUAAUGAAGUGAAAGAACAGAUUCUUAGACAUCACAGUGAGAAACUUGCUAUUGCAUUUGGUUUGAUAAAUACUCCAGAAAAAUCCACUUUAAGGAUCAUGAAGAACCUUAGAGUUUGUAAUGACUGUCACUCUGCUAUUAAAUUCAUUUCCAAACUUGUGGAGAGAGAAAUUAUUUUAAGGGAUGCUACUCGUUUUCACCACUUCAAAGGUGGUUUAUGUUCUUGUCGGGACUAUUGGUAGGACAAAAAAAGAUAUCAAUUCAACUAUUUAACUUGGAACCUUUUGUUAAGGGGACCGUCAAGGUUGACCAGUUUUAUCCGCACAGUUCAGCUAAAUGAGAAAUGUAAAGUUAAAUGUUGGGUAUGAUGCACCAAAUUUAGUGACAUUGCUGAAGGAUUUGAUGUUAUAUCCUUAGAACGUGGUUCAAGUUUCAGGAAAAGGGAAGAUGGUUUUGUUUCAUGAAUAUAGCGAACUGAGUGGUCCAGGCUAAUGCAACCAGCAACUGGGGAAGCAGCUCCUGGAUGAUUUCUGAAUGAUUUACAAGGACGGGGAUUGGAGACAUCCUUUUGGAUAAUUGUGUAUCUCCUGCAGGUCUUACUGACAGCAUAUCUGUCCCAGGUAGGGAACAGUAUGAGCAUUGGUGCAUCUUGAUAUGCUGCCUUACAAGUAAGACAAUGCUUCAAUGAAAAGGUGUGCUGAAUUGCUGGAGUAGGGCUUAAGAUUCACGUCUGUUCGUUAUGAGAUUAAGUAUGCCACA